AUGUCUUCUGAAAAACCGGCUCUCAAGCCAAAACCAAAGAUUCCUCCUCCGGUGAAGGCCAAGAAGCCGCAGCUGUCAGCAACGGCUUUCCUGGACUCGAAGUCCGAUGUAAACGCGUCACCGUUGAAAAGUAAUCUAACAAAGACAGUGUCGCAAACCUCUGAAAAAUCAGCGUCUGCGCAGCCUCCAAAACCUGCGCGCUCAACAAGCGAGUUGUAUACUGCUACUGUGUCCAAGUUUCCACCGCCGCCUGUCCAUGUUCACCGCAAUAAGUCGGAAGCCUCGGUUACAAUUGAUAGAUCAUCGCCGGCCGCUUCGACCCCUGAGCAAAAAACCGCGUCUCCCGUUUCUUCCCCAAGCCCUGUCUCCUCUGACGACGAGGACGCUCCACCGCUUCCAUUGCGUCCUUCGCGUACGGAAUCCGUGUCGUCGGUGGAAGAGGAGGAUGCUCCUCCACUUCCUAGACGGCCUACACCUUCAACCAACUCUGCUGUGGUGGACGAACUCAAGUCCAAACUUCCACCUCCAGGGCCUCAACUGCUCCAGAAACAAUCAUCUCCGAAGGUUUCAGAGAAACCAAAACCCCCAAGGCCUGCCAAACCGUCUAUCAAUCUUAAGCCAACCACAGACUCGUUCUCUAGAAACCUGUCGUCCAAUUUGGAGAAUCUGAAACUUUCCAAUUCCAAAUCGUCGCUCACUCCUCCAACUCCACCUAAAUCCCGUUCCUCUGCCCUUUCAUCGGGGACAUCGACUCCACCGUCCCCUCCAAAACCUCGCACAAAGCCAUCUGCUCCUCCACCACGCUCUGUGCCAAGACUGAAUUGGAAGGCACCUGAUCUCAACUUGGAAUUGUCAACAGGGUGGUUUGCCAAAGAAGACUUCGAAAACCAUUUACCUUCUGACCUGAAAGGUUUGGACUACGCUACAUCGUUUGGCUACAAUUCGAAAGAAUUUUUCAGAGUCGUCGUAUUCCGCAACAGAGACUUGUCCACCAUUAAACUCAGGUUCACAUGGCCAAAAUCAGGAGACCCCGGUGCCUCAGUCGAACACGAAAUAAAGUUUGUGCCUCCGCCACAGGCUACAAAAGCACAGCUCGAAGAAGGAGCUUCGUUGUACGGCGAUCACGUGGCCGGAUGGACAGAAGCUCACAAAGGCAAGAAAGUGGGAGACGGAGAGUGCUGGACUCUUGCACAUGAUGCCUUGCAACGGGGCUGUGGCAAACACGCGUUCGUCUCUUUGGGCCUCGUUCAUGGUGCUCUUCUGUCCACCAUCACGGGGAAAAACGGCGGACCUGAGAUUCGCAAAGAAACAGUCACCGAUACGAUCAAAAGAGGUGACAUUUUGCAGUUUAGUACCUGCUGUUUCCGGUACCCAAACAAGGCACUGUUUUACGGUUCACCAGACCAUACCUCGAUUGUCAGUCACGUGACGGGCUCUACGGAGCUACCUAGGUUGCAGGUGCUGCACCAGAACGUGAAUGGCGAGAAAAUAGUGAUUGAGGAGUCUAUCGAUCUGGAAGCGCUUGUCGAAGGCACUAUCAAAGUCUAUAGACCGAUCAGUGCCAGCUGGAUUUCUGAGCUAUCUCCCAUGUGGUAA